AAUGCCUAAUUUAGAAGCACCAUGCGUAGAGCUCGGUUCUGCUCCACGUACUCCAAGUAUUAUCAUGUCACCAUCGCCAUCAGAAGUUUCGAGUGCUAGUUCCCUAGAACUACAAAAUGUCCAAGCUACUCCUCUUUUCAGAGUUUUAGCGUUGCCACCACCCGAACCAGAACAACCGCCUGGCCAGGAUGAAUUAGAACGUAGAUUACCUGGCUAUAGGCGUAUUGUGAUUCCGCGUGAAUUAACACUCAUUGAACUAUUGAAACAAAGCAGUGGUGUAAGAACUGACGAUGAAGUGUUGAGGAUUCGAGAAGCAAAACUACGGGUUGUUGCGGAACGCGUUGGUCUGCGAAGGUUACAUGUUCUCGCACCCCAUUUAAGAACUUUAGUACUCGAUGGAAGCGCUAUGACAUCGCUACGGGAUCUUGGCAUUGGGUUGAUUAAGUUAAAAAGCCUCAGCGUAAAUCGAUGUGGUUUAAACUCGUUGGACGGAGUUUGGGGCCUUGGUGCUUUGCGAGAACUCUAUGCUGCCGGAAAUCGACUUCAUGACUUACAUGCUUUAGCGGCCCUCCAAAAAUUACAUACUCUAAAUUUGGCUAAUAACCCAAUUGAGGAGUCAAGUCGCAUUUGGACAUUGGGCGUAUGCUGUUCAUUACGGAAGCUGACUCUUAGUGGGACUCCAAUCGCAGAUUCUAUGAACUAUCGUUCACUUGUUGCAUCUGCGUUGCCUAUGUUAGUUACUUUGGACGAGAGACCGCUAAAUUCGAAUGAAGAUGAUUGGAAUUACGAUAUCCCAUCGGAUUCAGAAAGCGUUGAAAGUUUUUCUGAAACUAGUAACCAACGAAUAACUGAUACACAAGAACAAGACGAGCCACGACCCGGUCCUUCGAAGCUUGAAUGUGAGGAAAAUGAUCUAUUUCCCGACGAAAGACCUUCCAAUGAGUGCUCCAAGCUAACUCGUCGGCGUCCAGCAACAAGUGAAUGCGCUGGAAUCCGGCCUCGAUGCGAGAUAUCAAGGCGACCUAAGACAGCUUUGGAGCGGAACAUCGACGGCCCUACGAGACUGCAAAUUAUGAACACGUUGUUAGAUGAUGAAUGGCGUUGUAGUGGAAGCAAGCUAACAUCACAUGGAGCUGUUUCUGGGAAUUUAGCGAGAGCUUUACGACGACCGAAACAAAUAUCAAAACAUCAGAACUCCAGUACGGACUCUGAACUGGAAAUGGUCGAGAAGACAAUGGAAGAAGCAUGUCGUGCGCUUGCGGCGGAAAUACCGUGCGCACCCAACUCCGAAGACUGGGCCAAGUUUAAACAAGAAACUGGAAUUGAAAUAGAUAUAGACUUCAACGAGUGGCCGAAGGAGACAGAUCCCUCAAAAGUUAUCGAGCGCCUAGAGCAAAUUGAAAGAGACACGCUGGAGAGAUUAAAUAAUGACACAGACGAUAUUGGUCAAAAUGCAACGCAUGCAUUCACGUCUGAUCCUUCUAGAAUAUUCUCUAGAGGUAUUGCUGGAGAUUAUGAAUUAUGGAAAGAGAUGCAAGAUUUGAUAACUUGUGAUCCACCGAAUAAUGUUGAUGAUUUGUUUAAAAAUUUAGUUCCCAUUAAUCCAAGAAGGAGAGAAUCAGAUAAUGAUUCCCUAGAAUAGAUUAUGGUUUCUGGAUAAUAGAUGAGUUAUAUUAUGUAUAUCAAGAGACACUGAAGCGAUUUGUAAUGCUUACAAAAUAUUUUUUUAUCUUUUGUCAUAUAGUAACGAAGUACCUCAUUUUAAAUGGUUUCAAUAAUAUUACCUCGUUUAUUUAAUAGAAAAUAAAUAAAUACCU